UUGUUACUUAAGUGACUCUAUUAGCCGGUGCAUUUCGACGAUGUAAGAUCGAUGUAUACUAUCUAUCUAAGCAUGGCAACGAUUAUUACCCAGGUGUUUCUUGCUGCUCCAAAGGGGUUUGGGUCCGAGAAACCCUAACCUGAGCAUCAGGACUUCGAGGUGGGCGUUUGUUUGUUCUUCUAGAGAAACGUGGAUAACAUAGCCUGGCUUUCAUUCAGCAUUUACCCGUAAAUGAGACGUACACAAGCUAUUUAGUUCGUGGACGGACGGGUUUAUUCUACGUGCAGGUCUCUUCUUGCUUUCUCUGGCCCAAACUCCCUCGCUAAGGCUAGGAACGCCUGGCUACGCUGGUAAAUAAUUGAUCUUGGCGAUUGAGCGAGAUAUAGAUUCCGUAUUUGGCAUAUUGAUAAUAGGUUUAUUUGUUUUGACGUAUUCUGUUAGCUUACCUGCCGAUAAGAGUAGCAUUGGCAGCACAAAAGAAAAACAAAUUAAAAGAAUAAUAAAAAAAGUCACGAAUGGUUAAAAAAUUUCUAAUUAGAAGGGAUAUGCCUAGUGGUGUUUGUUGCGUAGGUUUUUCUACGAGAGUAUUCUGUAAAAAAAAUAAAACCUCACUGACUUCUUUAAAAGCUUCUUCAAAUUACAAGAAGCAAAAUUUGUAUGGCUAUACGAGAUAAAAGUGGAAAAUAUCAUAAUCAACCAGAUCUACAGGGUGUCGAUGAGACACCUCGAGGCGAUGGUAUAAAGACUCUGCUAGUCUACGAGACUGAAAAAGCGUCGGCGUAAGAAACGAAAAGGAAAGCGGAUGCUGAAAAAGCUGUGACUUUUCUAAAGAAAAACUUUCAACAUAAACAAUACUCUCCAUGAAUUGUCAAAACAGCGACGUGAUGUUUGAUUAAAACCUGCACUGAAGCUGGACUGAACAGUAAAUUCUCUACGUGUGCAAUCUCAAUAUUGUUAUCAUUUUAAUAAUAAGGAGGUAAUUGAUGGAAAUCAUAUUCAUUUGCCUCAGUAAUGGUAGCAUUCUGCCUGAUUAACAUACUAAAUUUGGAAACAAGACAUUGAAUUAAACAUUAAGGGUGUACUUAGACCCUCAAUAACCUGCGAAUUGGUAUACAGUUCUGGCAUACUAAAGGCUACUGGCAUACAAUUCGAGACACUCCCGUUUGAUAAGGUUAGAAUUAAGAAGAUUAUUAUCGUUGGCUCCAAUUUUGUCAGCUCUACUCAAGAGCUUUUGAAUAUCUGUUACAAAAAAUAUGGAUGGACAGAACUCUACUCAAAAUAAUCUCACAGCCAUCUUAUGCAGUCAAGACUCUAAGGAAAAAUUUGUCUUCAAAGUCUUGGCACAUGUGUUGAACGUGGUGUUCGCGUUAGUAGGCAAUGUAACCCUUUGCCUUGUAGUGAAGAAGAACAAGAAAUUGCGCAAAACGAUGGAUUAUUUGAUAAUAAACAAUGCAGUUGCUGAUCUCGUGAUUCCAUUAGUAGCAUCGCCUAGAAUAUUGACGGAGAUCAUCACUGGUUCAAAUCAAUGGAAAAUUUCUGGCGCUUUUGGUGAUUUUACUUGCAAGUUUAUCUUCUUUGUGAUUGACCUAUGUCCUAUGGUUUCAAUGCUCACAUUUGUGUUCCUAACAUAUAACAGAUUCAUGGCUGUKGUGUUCCCUUUUCAAGCAGCGAGAGCUCCAAAGAAACUCCAGCGGUACUACAUCGCAACCUCGUGGAUCAUAUCCAUCAUUUUCUGCUCUCCKUAUUUGUUUGUUAUCAAGCUAGGACCCAAUAACCUCUGUAUGAUGUCGUGGGACUUCACUGUCCAUAAAAUAUACACUACYRCAGUGAUGUUAACAUUCAUUGGGAUUCCAUGGGUCAUGCAAGGAUUUAUGUAUUCCKUAAUGUUGUUUCGAAUUCGCAAAAGCGCGCGUAAAGUCCCACCUCGCAACACAGGGUUUAAAAAGAGGCAGAAGGCAACGAGACAGAUGACAUUGCUAUCAUUUUGCAUCGUGACAGCGUUUGCAGUUUGCUGGGGGCCUUAUUUCUCCCUCGUUAUAGCAAUGUUUUACUUCACAGAGAACAUGGUAUACAUGCAAAAGUUGUGUUAUCUAGCGGAUUUCCAUUUUGCUGCGGUACUACUGGCCUUUUCCAACGCAUCGGUAACACCGUGCUUGUGUCUGUUUUUUGUCGAAAGCUAUCGAGAUGGCUUUAAGAGACUGUUGGGGAUUAAAAAAGGCCGGGAUAACAUGAAUACAACAUCUGCAUUUGAUAAACAGAGAACGAGGACAACUACAAUGAGAAGAUCAACAAACGAUGACUAUCAUACAUUAUUAUGCACUUCAGCAGUUUAGUAAUUUUAGUACAGUAAAAAUUGUACGAUCGAAAAAAACAAAGUAAUCUAUAACAUGAUAGGACUACUUCAUCUAUAAUUCAUAUAUUCAGGUGACAAUUGGCAUAUUUUCAACCAAAACCAGAGUUUCAGGCCACGCUUUGCUGUAGCAACGCUCAACUCGUGGGGAAUUAAACAGGUGACACAAAAAAUGUGAGUAUCAAAAUCUGGCCGAAAGCUCUGACGUCAAGUUUUAAAGUCUKAAAUAUCGUUUUUUACUGCYUGUAGAAGAUAUUUCUGUCAAUUAAUUCCUCAUUGAUGUUUUUUARUCUAUUUAGCGCUCUCAAUUGCUUUCGAUUCACCAUUAAUGGGGAGAACUCCCUCGAUUUUCGCCCCCAGGUGACAGGUAGAAUAUAUCCCUACAUGGGGCUUCUACUAUGUCAAAAGGACGUUGCUAUGCAAAAUGUAAGAAAUUGUAGUCUGAUAAGAAACAAAAGAGGACGCAACCUUGGUACAGUAACUCUCGCCUUACGGACACCCCGCUAUUUCGGACACCUCGAUAUUACGGACACGAGAUACAGGAUCCCUGGCGAAAUAUACAAAGAAAUGACUGAAAGUGACCCUCGUUAUUACGUACUCUCGCUAUUUUUUUUAAAUYAUCGUUCCGAGGGUGUCCAUAAUAGCAAGAGUUGACUGAAUAUCUACCUUAUUGCAAAAAUGUUGCGUCAUAUGGAACUUKUACUUUAGUUAAAAAGAAUGCAUUAAAAAGACGAUUACUCAGCCA